AUAAAUAAUCCUUUCUGAUUCUCCGAACAGGGAGAAGAAAAUGGACGACGGAGAAGACGAAGAGGCGCCUCUCGCCGUUCGAAUUGAUGAAAUCGUGGAACCCUACCCUCUCGAACAAUCCAAAUCGAGGCGGCUGCAAAACAAUGACGCUUCGGUAGGGGUAACCGUCAUUACGGGCUAUCUCGGAGCUGGCAAAUCCACUCUGGUGAAUCACAUAUUGAAUACCCAACACGGUAAGAGGAUAGCGGUGAUCUUGAAUGAGUUCGGUGAGGAAAUUGGAGUAGAAAGAGCGAUGAUAAACGAAGGAGAUGGCGGCGCUCUUGUUGAAGAAUGGGUUGAGCUGGCUAAUGGUUGUAUCUGUUGUACUGUCAAGCACAGUUUAGUCCAAGCACUUGAGCAACUUAUACAGAGGAAGGAGAAUCUUGAUCAUAUUUUACUGGAGACCACAGGGUUGGCGAACCCGGCUCCACUUGCAUCUGUUCUUUGGUUGGAUGAUCAGCUGGAAUCAGAGGUCAAGCUCGAUUCGAUUAUAACCGUUGUUGAUGCCAAAAACCUUCGUUUUCAGCUCAAUGAGCAUCGAGCUUCAUCUUCAUUUCCUGAAGCAUUUCUUCAAAUAGCAUUUGCGGAUGUUGUAAUUCUCAAUAAGGUUGAUUUGGUUUCUCCAGAGGGUUGUGGAGGUGGUUUGGAGGAACUGGAGAAAGAAAUUCAUGACAUUAAUUCCCUUGCAAGCAUCAUCCGUUCUGUUCGGUGUCAAGUUGACUUGCCUAAGAUAUUAAACCGGCGGGCCUAUGAUGCUUCCUAUGCCACUCAUUUAGAAGCACUGUUGGAAGAAAGCCGUUCUCUUUCUAGCAGGGAUAUUCAUGAUAGCGGUGUAAGAACCUUAUGCAUUUGUCAGCCACAACAGAUUGAUCUUGAUAAGGUUCGUUUAUGGCUUGAGGAGAUUCUUUGGGAUAAGAAAUCUGGUAUGGAAGUUUAUCGCUGCAAAGGAGUUCUAAGUGUUCAAAAUUCUGAUCAACUACAUACUUUACAGGCUGUGAGGGAGAUAUAUGAGAUUGUUCCAGCUCGUAAAUGGAAAGAGGAGGAAAAUCAGAUGAACAAGAUAGUUUUUAUCGGCCAAAACCUGAACGAGGAUGUUCUUACUGAUUCCUUCAGCACUUGCGCAACUUCUUGACUUAUAAAUACUAGCAAAAGCAUAGUUGAUUGUCAUUACUUAUCAAAGUUAGAAAGGUAAGCCGUAAAUCUCGAACCUCGAAGUGGGGGGGGGGAUUCAGAAACUUAAAACUUAUUCUCAGCAUUCACUUUGAUUUCUUCAAGUCCUACAUCAAGCAUUAUCAACUUGGCACACAAGAAAUUAGAAUGAACUAACCUGUUUCUAAUCCUUCAAAUUUUUCCCUUGUCAAGUUGUGAUUACGGAUUGCAUGAAUAUAUAGUGACUGCAACUUUUUGUGGUGACAUUUAAGUCGGUGAUUAUACCGUAUAUUGGUACUAAGAAAUUUCAUUUUAUUUGUUUGA